CCUGUGUAUUCUACAUCACCAAGAUAUAUUAGGAGGAAUCUCUCCUCAAUAACAAUAGUAUUUGGUAAAAGAUGGAAGACUCACAGCCAAUGUCAGCGGCUGAGCAAACUUCUUUCUGUGUGGAAUUGAUGAAGCGCCUCAACAUUCAGCGAAAACAAGACAAUUUGUGCGACGUUACUUUGGUGACGAACGACGACAAAGAGUUAAAAGCUCACAGAAAUGUUCUUUCCGCCGCAAGUCCGUUCUUUUGCAACCUUCUUCAGAGCGACAUGAAGGAGAAUCAAGAAGGGAUUAUUCGAUUUGAGGAGGUCUCAGGAUCUGUUCUGGAAGAUGUUUUGGAAUUCAUUUACACUGGAACUGUGGAAGUAACCCCAGAGAAUGCCAAGGAACUGAUUGCAGCAGGGAAUUAUCUGAUCAUACCGAGCUUGAAGAUUGUUUCUGGUCGAUUUCUACAAGGAGAAAUGUCAAAUACAAAUUGCAUCUCGACCUUUUAUUUCGCUGAGAAAUACGACUGUGUCGAGCUUAUUGGCAACAGCAGGAAAUUCAUCUACGAAAAUUUCGCUUUCGUAGGAGAAAUGGAGGAAUUUCUGAGCUUAGAGGCUAAGGAGGUGGCGCGGUGGAUUACAAGUGACGAGAUUGCUGUGGAAGCGGAAGCCAGCGUCUUCAAGAUCAUACUUAAAUGGGUUGAACACAAUAAGAGCGAGCGAAAAGCAGCAUUCGAGGAAUUGUUUCCUUAUGUUAGACUGAGUUUUUUGUCGCGUGACUGUUUGGAGGAUGUCGUGACAAACGAACUAGUGCGUGAGAAUUUGGCUUGUGUGAAGCUGGUCAUGGAUUCUACUACAAAGAUGGCUACUUUUGCAAGUGAAGAUGAUCUCCCGCAGCCACCAAGAAAAGGUCUGGAAACACGUGUUAUCCUAGCAUGUGGCGGCAAGUAUACUUAUUGNUAUCUCCCAGAAAAAAAACAGUGGAAACGACUGCCAGACGGGUCAACUGAGAGAAACCAGAAAACACAAAUGCUUACAUUUCGUGAUCAGCUGUACAUAUUUCAGGAGUUCAGUAAGGCAGAAAAGUUUGAUCCCGUGUUUAAUGGCUGGUCAAAGUCAGAUCUGACUGACGUAUCGGUAGAUAACGCCAUCGUGACCGUUGUCAAGGGGGAUAUGUACGCUAUUGAAGUUAACAAACCUGUUGGACAGUCUACUAUCAAGAGAUACAAUGUGGAGCUUUGUACAUGGCAAACAGUUGUGGAAUCUCCUCAAGGCUGUAGAAACAGUUCCUGUUUUGUCGCAGUUGGUAGUUAUCUGUAUCUUUUAGGUGGAUCGGCCCCUGGCAGUUCUGAUUAUGUCGCUAAAGCUGAGAGAUUCAACAUUGCGGAAAACCAAUGGGAAGAAAUCGCCGACAUGCAGCAAGGAAGGGGUGGUGCCUUUGGAGUGGCAACUGAAGAAAAGAUUUUUGUUGCUGGAGGUUUAAACGAAAAGAAUAAGGUGUCAAGAAGAUGUGAGGUGUACAAUGUUUCUACAAACGAGUGGCACAUCAUUGGAAGAUUAAACACUUGUCGUGUGUAUGGCAGCAUGGUGUGUCUGAAUGGUACAUGCUAUGUACUGGGUGGCACCAAGAAUAAUAGAGAUAGAUUACUGUCAGUUGAAUGUUACGACUCUACAGAGGACAAGUGGAUUGAGAAAACAUCCAUACCAGUGGAAAGGUACGCAUCAGCAAAUAAGAGCACAUUCACCGGAUGUGUAAUGAAGCUCUCUAAAGGAGUGCUGAAGAUGUCUGACUUUUUCAUGGAAGAAUUGAUUGAGCCACCGACCGGUAAACCCGCCUUCGGCAGCCUUUCCGGAAACAACGUAAGCAGUGUAUCCUCUGGCAGUAGCGGCACCUCUAUCCUCGGUUCAGCCGUCACCUCAGGUGGCCCUAGCGGCGUCUUAGGCUCCCGUGCACAAGUCACCUCUGGUGGCCCUAGCGGCCCCUUUAGCUUCGGUGCAAAAGUCACCUCAGGUGGCCUCUUUGGCUCCGGUGCAAAAGCCACCUCAGGUGGCCCCAGCGGCUUCUCUUUUGUUGCACCUGCCUCGCCUCCUGUUCCUGUAUUUGAGUUGUCCGGCCCUAGCAGCGUCUUUACCUCCGGUGCACAAGUCACCUCAGGUGGCCGCGGCGGCUUCUCUCUCUCUGGCUCAACUGCCCCGCCACCUGUUCCUGUAUUUGAGUUGUCCGAGGAUGAUGAGUUGUCCGAGGAUGAUGAGUUGUGUGAAGAUGAUGAAUGACUGAAUGAGUUAGCUUCUAUAAUCCCUUAAUUUGAUUCAAGGAGACAAUUUUAAGUUUUCCUCACGAGUGUUCAAACCUAUCAGUUAGUGGGACAGAACAAAAAGAGAUCUUAGAUGUCUGGUCGAUAAGAUAACCUGUGCGUGAUUUCACUACAGUUGGAUGGUAAAACAUAAUCUUGCAUGUUUAAAUAACGUUAUUAAACUGUUGCAGUUAAAAAAAUACAGUCUCGUAAAAGAGAUUAUCUCGGUCUUGUAUAAGUAGCACAGAGAUUCAGCAAUAACAAGAUUCUUCAAUAAAUACAAAGGAGCAUGCACAAAGUUUAGAACUUAAAGCUUUUGUAAAUUCAGUUGAAGCGUUGCUCAUAGUUAAACUUUUCUUCCUUUUUUAUUCCACGUUACCAUGAGACUCCAGAUUACAAUGAACUAUUACACUUUUAUAGUUUGGAGAUUUGUGAAUGUUUUUUUCGAUCACUAAGUCCUCAUCAACUCAAGAUAUUUCUUUCAAAAAACAAUCAGAUUUCUGUAAACCAUUUAUGUUGUAAAGACAGCAUGCGAAGGAGGACGGGUAUUUUCGUUUUAUAAAGUAUAAAUGCAAGAAGCAUGAUAAUCGUUUAAGAUAAAUUCAUGAGCCUUGUAGUAGUUUGUGGUGUGAUUAUAGACUAAUUAGCGAGUAAGCUGUUCCACAAUAAAAAGAAAAAGUGUGUGGCUUCCAAGGGUAGUGCGUCGUGCAGU